AUGCUCGAUCGCCAGACUGGUGAUUUCCCGCAUUUUCAGUACAGUCCUCUCCUUUCAAUGCCCAUAGACCCAGUCGGUCGAUCAAUGCAAACCUUGAAGCCUUUUACCAUAAAAAACCCGAAAACCACGUUCGAGACCAAAUGCGAUCGACAGCAUUGUGGUGCUCGUCGCCUUCGGAAGCGGGCUGGCUUAGCACCUAGUGCGAAGGACUCAGCAGAACUCUGGUUAGUUAGAUCAAUCGAAUCACCAGUGCUGAGGAUCGGCCUCUGGGCAUCAUCCUCCCCAGCAGGAUUCGGGGCUGUGCGGAUGAGUGAGCAUAUCGCCAAGACUGACUCUAGGACCAUGAUGAGACGGUUCUUCCAACAUCAAAAUGACACUAGCCAGGAAGCCGGUCUGGCCCCGAUGAAUAUCAGGUUUCUGGCAUUGCCCCCAGCUGCGUAUAAUCCGACCGUACACUCACGGAGAAAUCCGAAGCCGAUAAGAUGUCCCAGCGAUGUUGUCAGUUUAGGCGACUGGACGAAAAAUUCUGCGCAUGCAAGCAGCAGCCAGGAACUGAAUUUUUUCUUCCGCAGUGCACAUGUGGCAUUGGGUUUUCAGCCUGCAGGUACGACGUACCACCGUCUGAUUCAUGUCUGCGACCAAGUGAAGCAGUCGACUGCUUCUGCCUACGUAAUGGCGGCGUUACCAGCGUUGCCGGAAUUAACUCGCAUGAACUACAGAGUCAUUCAACUUCGCUUCGGCGGCAAUAUUAUUAAGGAUUGUGGUGAAAUUUGGAAGAACCUCUCCCAUCGUAGUAAGGGUUGUGAUGAUCCUGGUUUGCCUGGCAAUGUGCGGCAUGUCAGCACGAUGCACACGUUGAGGGAUCCAUAUGCGACCGUGGCUCAUAGGUGGGAUGGUGGCCCAGACAGUUUUGCAACAAGCUUUCUGUGUGAAAGAAUCGAAGAAUCGCGAAGCAUUCCUGAGGCCGGGCUGGAGCCUGGACCUGGAACCACAAAAACUCAAUCGGAAUAUUGUCUGGUAGGGGCCAAGGGCAGAAGGAUGGUCUGGCACUCAUUCUGUGACCCGGAUUGUGUCAGCGUUUCUUGGGCUGAUAACGGCCAGACUGGCCGCCCAGUUAGAAACCCUCGACAGAGUGUAGUCCGACAUCCCGACGGGGCCAGUGGCAAUGCAGCCGAACCGGGGUCGGCAGGACAAGGCAUGACGCCGAUCUGGCGACUCGCUGAAGGGUACGUGGGCCACCUGUACGGUAAAGUCCGCCAGGGAUCACCACCAUCAGCAUACACAGCUAUUAUACCCUCCACAUCCAGCGCGGUUGCCCAUUAUCGAAUGACAGAGGGUGUACUGACGAGGCCCGCCUCCACCUCACCCAAUCAUGCUAUCCUGAUAUGA